UCAUCCCUCCAUCUCUCUCUCCCCAGGUGACAUCUCAGCGUAUGCAGGGCGUGCUGCUGUUGGUCUUUGCCAAGUAUUACCACCUGCCCUUCCUGAGAGGAGUCCAGACCCAGACCACCCGCACAGGCCUGGGGGGCUACUGGGGGAACAAGGGGGGGGUGAGCGCCCGUAUGUCUGUGUACGGUCACUCGGUGUGCUUCCUCAACUGCCACCUCCCAGCUCACAUGGAGAACUCAGAGCAGCGCAUGGAGGACUUUGAGAGCAUCCUGCAGCAGCAGCAGUUUGAGGCCCAGGCAGCCACGGGGGUCCUGGACCACGACGUGGUGUUCUGGUUCGGGGAUCUGAAUUUCCGCAUCGACGACUUGGAAAUGCAUGUGGUGAAGGGAGCCAUCGACAACAACAAGUAUUCUAUUCUGUGGGAGAAAGACCAGCUGAACAAGGCCAAAGGAAAUGAGAUUGUUCUGGAAGGAUUUCUGGAGGGUCCUCUGAAGUUUCCUCCCACGUACAAGUUUGACACUGGGACACACACGUACGACACAAGUGGUAAGAAGCGUAAGCCGGCGUGGACCGACAGGAUCCUGUGGCGUCUGAGGGCCCCCGUCCCGGCCGGCCCCGCCCCCGAUGGUGGCGGGAACAAGCACGGUUCCUUGUCCUGCUUGAGCACAGGCACCAGAGUGACGCAGCACUUCUACCGCAGCCACAUGGAGUACACCGUCAGCGACCACAAGCCCGUCGCCUCCAUCUUCACCCUGCAGUUCCCCUACAAGGUGGACAUGCCCCUGGUCACUCUCAUGGUGGAGGACGAGUGGAACAGCGUAGCAGAUGCCAUCGCCAGAUUCAAGGUUGCUCCCAACUUUGCCCGUAGCUCCUGGGAUUGGAUCGCCCUGUACAAGGUGGGGUUCAAACAUCACAAGGACUACGUCGGCUAUGUGUGGGCCAAGCAGGACGAGGCAGAUUUCCAUCGACAGGAACACCAGGUCACCUUCACCGAGGAAGAACUGCCCAAGGGUUCCGGAGACUUCCUCUUGGGUUACUAUAGCAACAAUAUGAGCAGCAUCGUAGGAGUGACCGAGCCGUUCCAGAUCCAGCUGCCCACCUCCAGCCCUGAAGCCAGCCCCUCCGACAGCUCUGAAUUCAGCUCCGAGGACGACAGCAUGAAGGGUUCACGCAGCCCCAGCCCCAGCAAGCGCAAGCGUGUUGGUCUGCUGUCACGGGGCCACAUGGCUAACUCCUCAGUGUGGUUUGUUUUACACAUGCACUGUAUUGUAUGUUUCCUUUAGUGAAAAUGCACAUUCUCUGAUGCCAUGUCUUCAAGGCCAGGGCCAGGGCUCUGGUCGGAGGGGAACCCUCGUCUUGGUUUAUUUUUAAAAGCUUCUUGCGUUCUCCUUAAAAAAAAAAUGCAAGUGUAGGUUUCUCUCCUCUGCCUCCUCGCUCUCCUGUCCCUCCUCUCCCUCCCUGGGGAGGGCGAGGCAGGGGGCGAGGCAGGGUGAGGCGAGGCAGGGCCUUGUUGGCUGCUUUUCAAGAGCCUCACACGACGAGAUCCAGGGGCAGUACAACUUCACGCUUUGUUUCUCAGACGUUUUGAAACUGUGUAUUAGUCUUUGUGCCCUUGAGACUUAGUCUGCAGAUUAGCAUGUCCGGGCUGGAGAACAGUCUUGUGACAAGGUAAGCGAUUUAGCUUCCACGAAAAGUAUUCGGACAGAAUUUGGAGCCUCGAUUAAGUCUGGUCUACAUUUCAGUAGAGAAUUGUCUUAUGUUUCCAUGGAAAUAGCCAUAUGGCUCUAUUGUACAACGUAAGGCCCUACGCGGACCAAGGAAGCAUGCAUCCACACCUAAAUAAAAAACGCCAUUCCAACAGCAUUUUUUUAGUUUUAGACUGAAUUCAACAUGCUGUACAGCAAAGCCAGGAUGACAAUAAAGUGUCUAGUCAAUAGGGGGCAGUGUUCACCUUCAGGGUACCUUGUAAUUACUGUAAUCCUCUUUCCUUCUCUCUCAACUCCUCUCUUUCUAGUUCUACGGUCUUUAACCUCUAUCUCUCUCGUAUCUCUCACUCUCCCUCUCUUUGUGUCUCACAUCAUCUCUCCCUCUCCCUGCCUCGUCUCUCACUUUACACUCUCUCUUUCUCUUCCCCUCAUACACACGUCCUCUCUCAUCCUCCUCUCUUCUCUAUCAGUAGUCAUGGUGAUUAGCUGACGCCGUUCUGUCAUUUCUAGAAGUAAUGUGUUGGAUUGGUAGCUUGUGACCUCCAGUGCAACCAUCCUAGACUAUUUACCUAUGGGCUGUUACUGUAACUUAGGAGUGCGUGUGCUGUUGUAUUGUAACCUAAUUGUGUGUGUGUAUGUGUUAUAUGAAUGGGUUUGUAGGGAAGUGAUUGUGUAUUUGGAUGUCUGCAGGUGUGUGUGUGUGUUUGUGUGUGUGUAUGUGAUUGCAUGGUUUGCUGGGCAUACUCAACAUUCCAGAACUGUGAUUUUGUGCCGUUAAGUGCUGUUUUUGACUCCUCUUUGUAAAAUAUUUGGCUGUUGAGACUUAUUAAACGUGAUGAGGACAGUUUGACCUCUGAGAUAACGGCUGAAAAGGAACAGCACAGGAUACGUGUGCUUGCAGAAACCAGAAGGACUUUUAUGUAUUUCAUGCCAAUUUCUUUUGUGUAUUGUACACAUUUGAUUAUUUUCAACUGAUCGAACUGAAAACAAGACAAAAGAAACUAGAUUAUUUACUGGAACUUAACUGCUACUGUACUGUAUAGGAACAUGUCUUGAAGUUCAUUUCAGGGACUAGAUCUGUGCAAAAAGGGAAGGAAUAGCUUGUCGGUUGGUUUAAAAUAUCACUAUCAAUGGUGAUGGAAGAUCGCUUUCCAAAUGACUGUCACUGUUCUAAAAUCUUGUUUUUUAAAUCAUGUUAUAUGAUCACGUGUGCAAUGAUAAAUAUAAUAUAUAUAUAUAUAUAUAUGGAUAGAAACUUUAACUAAAGAAUGUGAUUAUAUGUGUAUUUUAUGUUUAAAACAGGCAAGAGUAUGUAUGUAAAUGACAAAUAGAGAAAAGAUGACAAUCAAAGCCAAAAAGAUUUAUUUUCUUAUGAGUGUCCGAUGAGCCUGAAUCCUGCUGGCCAAUCAUUUCAAUGCAAAAUGGUGUGUAGUGAUAUUGCAUUUGAUUUUAUAUUUCAUUUCACAUAAUGUACUGUAUUAUGUUUCUUUUUACUUUUAUAUAUUUAUCCACGCACACGGCAUACUAUUAUGUGGUAGCAAAAAUGAUUUAAAUUCAAAGUUUUAUCUGCAGAUCAAUGUUAGCUUUCAUUGUCUUUUAUUGUGGAUUGAUUAGGUUCUGCAAGCUUGUACUGUACGUACUAACUGGGAUGGAUGUUGACUGGCAUGGCGGAGCGAUUCCCGUAAACCUAACAAGACUAACUGGUUGUUGAAUGUUGCCAUCUGAGGGAGGCGUGAGGCUCUUCCCAGGAGGCAGGGUGUGAGCGUGUCAGAGCUUGAAGCCCUCCGGUUACUCACCUAAACAGACACACGCUGUCCAGACGGAAAAAUAAAGCUCCUCCUCAAGUUG